CUUAAAUACGCCUAGUCAUGCAUAGAGAAGCUCUUAUCGGUGACUGCAUACUUCACGCAGGUUCUGCAGACGUCUAACACUGAAACAGCCAGAACAACUGCAGCAGGAUGAUACCAUGUGCACCUGUGCUCUUACUAUUAGUCUUGCCAGCCGUGGAAUGUGAUCGUCUACAAAUCAGUGGCGAUUAUUUCACGAAAGACGGAAGCCGCGUGUUUCUGUCAGGUGUCAACCUAGCUUGGGUCGGUUAUGCCACAGACUUUGGGAACAAUCAAUUCGCUACAAGGAAAUCCAGUUAUGAGAGAUACUUCAAGGAGCUCCAUGAAUCAGGGGGCAACUCCAUCCGUAUAUGGAUACAUGUGCAGGGCGAGACCAGUCCCCUCUUUGAUGGAAACGGCUACGUGACCGGUUUAGACAGUUCUGGAACAUUUCUCAGUGACAUGAAGGAGCUGCUUGGUCUGGGCCAGAAAUACAACAUCCUCGUCUUCUUCUGCCUCUGGAACGGGGCCGUCAAGUUUGACAAGGAAUACCGGAUGGAUGGGCUGAUUCGGGAUACCGGGAAACUCACGUCCUAUCUCCAACACGCCCUCAUCCCGUGGGUCAAGUCUGUGAAAGACAACCCUGCAGUCGGAGGCUGGGACAUCAUGAAUGAACCCGAGGGCCUUAUCAACACGCAGAGAAGCAGUAAUAAUCCUUGCUUAAACGCUACCCAUCUCAUACCGGAUGGUGCCGGCUGGGCUGGGAGACUUUAUAACUAUGAAGACGUUCAAAGGUUCAUCAACUGGCAGGUUGACGCUAUCAGACAAACAGACCCCGGUGCUCUUGUGACGUUGGGGUCAUGGAAAGCACAGGUCAAUACGGACGAAUAUGGCUCGCACAACCACUACUCGGAUCACUGUCUGACACAGGCGGGAGGCAAGGCACAGGGAGUGCUGCAAUUCUACACAUUACACUCAUAUGGCAAACACUUCGACAACCUCUCACCAUUCAAGCACCAAAAGAGUGACUACAAGCUGAACAAGCCGCUGAUGGUGGGUGAGUUUGCCUCCAAGAAUGGCGGCGGGAUGGCCAUCGAGUCCAUGUUCCAGUAUGCUUAUAACCAUGGUUACUGUGGAGCCUGGAGCUGGUCUGCAACCGAUAACUAUGAAGGGGAUGCGUGGGAGACUCAGAAGAGAGGAGUGGCGUCAAUCAGAAACAACAGCGAUGCAUCCAAGGGAACGGUUCAUUUCACUCUGUAAUGUGUGGAAUAAAAUCAAACAUUCAAAACGAAA